AUGCGUCGAUCGUGUAAUUGGGUCACAAACCCUGCAACCCCCAAUCGUAUCGUAUUGAUUUCCAAUUGUGAAGUCACGUGUUUCGAAACGCGUUGCUAUUGGUGUUAGUAUUGACGUUUGUAAGAAAACCUAACCCUACUUGCAGACAUAACCUCAAUCCUAUUAUUUCAACAAAAAUUACAUUUAAAAUGGAUUUUGUCAGUAUGGGACGAAAAGGCAGAAUUCAGAAGCCCCCCGUUUCAGAUGACCCGGAACGCCCCUUUCGAAUGUACAACAUAAUAUCGUACUUUAUUGUAUUAAUAGUGAUCGGAUUGCCUGUUUGGUGGUUCACUACAAGGGUCUACAGAGCCAGUUUGCCCCUAGAUCGGAUGUUUGAUGUCACUUUAGCGAAUAAAACCGAUCGACAAUUUGGUAUUUUGUUAAGUCUAGAGUACGACGUCCUAAUAACUGUAGUUAACCCCGAACCCUCACGUCUGCAUGUCAACCUAGAAGGAGAAGAGUUGGAAGUUUACUUGCGACCGUUCCUGGAAAAGGUGUCUCCUAUUGCAGACUUCGUUGUCAAGUCUCAGUGGCUAUAUCUAGUCGAAUUGGGGGCGCGACCCACCAAAGUGAUUGAUCACUACGUCCUCUCUGAAGAGCAACUACCUCACGUGAUCACCCCCCUUGAAAAAAAACUCUGGUCACACUUGUCUCCACGUCCAUGUUUAAAUUUAGUGUUGUAUGUGUCUCACUGUGAAGUCCCGCUGUACAUUCAAGAGAAAAGCGAAAAUGCCACGAACGCGUUCCUGAGUCCCCGUUGGGGCGGAAUUGUCAUCAUAAACCCCGACCCAGACUCAUGUGAAAAAAGGAUUUUCCAACCAAACGUGAAACAAAUUGGGGGGAUUCUUACCACUCAGUUGAGUAAAAUGUUGAGGAUGGAGGGUACAACUAAGCAGGAUUUGAUAGAUCUGCAGAAGCGCAAAGCCGAAGACAUGGUGGACUCAACUAGAAGGACCCUAAAGUCACUAGCUGAGUUGCUUUCAGAGAUUAACAGUAUUGUGAUCAGCGAUGACGUAGCGCUUAAGAUUAAAGUCGCGGUCGACAACGCCGACUUAGCUGAUGAGUUAAUGGCGAAGGGCGAAAUCGAAAAUGCCCUCACCUUUGCAAAAGUGGCUUUCGAAAAUUCGGAAGCCGCCUUCAGUGACGCCUCCUUGUUAGCGCUGCUUUAUUUUCCGGAUGAUCAAAAGUAUGCGGUUUACAUUCCACUGUUCUUGCCUGUGAUGAUCCCCGUUCUCAUGUCCCUACUCACCUUGAAGAAAUGGCUCAAAGAAAAAGAAAAAACUGAGUAAUUUGUACCAAAUAAAAACCCUUUUACACAAAA